AUGCCUCAGCAGCUCCACUCGUUUUUGUUGAACCGAAAACGGUCAACUAUGAACAAUGGAUCUAUUGAUACUCGUGAUUCAAACUUUCGAGAUCAAACCCAAGAAAUUCUAGGAGACCUUGGCGAAACUUGUCGGUAUAUGGAUCUCAUGGGAUCUUCAUCUCGACGUCGAACGCAGUUAACCAGCUCGACCCGAACAGUUCCUGUAGAUAGACCAUCACCAGCCAUGUCAUCAUGGCACGGUAUCAAAUCUGACGGAUAUGUGCCCACAUCACGAAAAGUGCAAGUCUCCGACACUGAGUUGAUUCAUCGUGCGUGUCAAGCUAAUCUCGCAAGCCGAAAAGGAAGAUUGCUCCGUGUACCUUCCGUGAUGUGGGAUUGCAAAGACAUUUCAGGUUUUGCAAUGCUUUCCCGACGAAUGGGGGAGGAUUUCGAGGUCUUAACAACGGGAGAAGUCGCUUGUGAACCAUGUGAUAUUGAACCACUGCUUCGUCCUCGAACGGAAAGUGAGUACAAUGCCGUCGCUCGCGAUUUUCAUGGCGAUCAAUUUAUCUACGGAUCCAUUGUUCAUGAGGUACAACCUCGAGGUUUCGGGAACGACUCGGACGAUGAAAGUAAAGAUAAAUCACGGGAGGACUUUCAUUUGGAUGGAGAAGACCAUACAGCAGUACGAACGGCCUGUUUUGCUCGCUCGCGAAGCUUUGCACGAAAUGAAGAGUGGUGUUUUCUUGAACAUUUUCAAUCUCGUGCAGUCACACCGUCCAGUCCCUUUACGACCAAUGAGUCGACUAUCUCUUCAACAACAACAUCAGUAAAUAUUGACGAUUCUACGGGAUUUACAAUCGUAAUCAGUUCAAUGCCUGAAAACGAGCUGACGGCUGGCAAAAUGAAGAAAGAGCGAGUUGUCCAAUUGCACGGCAUCACUGCAACAUAUUUGGUCGAAGCUGUGCCUCCAACUGUCGGAUGUCGUGGUCCUCGUUCUCGUGUCAGUUUUCAUGCAACAUUUACAGCUUCAAAAACAAUUCCAGAUGGAUGGGCCGACUCGGACAUUGUGCGAUCACGAUUACUGACAAUUGCAAAAAGUCUUCAUCGUCUUCCAGAUCUCGUACUACAACGACAGCAUCAAGCAAGUCGAUUCAGUCAACAUGGUAGUUUUAGUAGUCGAUCGGGUCAAGAUUAUCGUGACAAUGAAGAAGCAAAGAAUUCAAGAUGCAUCGCGUGUACGAAACGACUUCGGAUGAAAUUACUAAAUGCUCCAACACGUCGAUCCAAACGUUGCGAAAUUUGUAUGUAUCGUGCCUGUGCUUCGUGCUGGUCAAAAGAAAAUGUUGAAACCUUUAGUGGUCCGACUACAAGUGUUGUCAUCUGUCGUCGAUGCCAUGAGAAUUUUGGAAAUACCGAGUAG